CCCCGGCAUCGCAGCUGUUGCGGACACGCGUAAUAAGAUUGUACGGCAUAAGUACGCUAGGGGAACAGACAAACGUUGCCAUCAUUCUAGAGCAGCUCUCUUUUCCAUUCUUCUCUUCGCUGCUGUUGGUGGUGGUGAUGGUGGUGCAGAUUUUGCUAGCCCUGCUGGUGGUGAUCCUCACGAUCAAUUACUUGCUGGUGCGUCAAAAUAUCAAGUAUGGCAAACACAUCCCGGGACCGUUGCCGCUGCCGAUAGUGGGCUGCUUCUACAUCUACAUCAAUUUGAAGCCCGAAGACAUAAUCGAUUUCGUGUCCGAGCUGAGAAAUAAGUAUGGUAACCUGUUUCGCGUCUGGAUCGGGAACCGGUUGGCACUGUUCUGCACCAACGUAAAGUACAACGAAACGGUGCUGAGCAGCCAGAAGCUGAUACGGAAGAGCGAGCUGUACAAAUUCCUCAUCCCCUGGCUCGGAGAUGGGUUACUGCUGAGCACGGGCCAGAAAUGGUUCAACAAGCGCAAGAUCCUUACGCCCGCUUUCCACUUCAAGAUACUGGACCAAUUUAUCGAGGUGUUUCACAAGCAGAGCAACAUCAUGGCCGUGCGGUUGCGGCCGGCGGCGAAUGGAUCGUUGGUCAACAUUUACCCGUACGUGACGCUGGCUGCGUUGGACAUUAUUUGCGAAACGGCAAUGGGUACCUCGAUCAACGCACAAACCGAUGCCGAUUCGGCAUACGUUAAGGCCAUAACGGAGCUGAGUCUGGUGCUUACCGGGCGGUUCGUGAAGGUGUGGCAACGGGUUGACUUCCUGUUCAAUCUGUCCGCCGACAAGCGGCGACAGGAUCGCAUCAUUAAGGUGCUGCACGAGUUCACCACGAAGAUCAUUCAAUCCCGCCGGCGGGAACUGAUGGAGCGGGGUGGCGCUAAGGUUGAGGAUGAGGAUCCGGCCGAUAUAGGAACGAAGCGACGGAUGGCGUUUUUGGAUGUGCUGCUGCAGGCCACUAUCGAUGGACGUCCGCUUACGGAUAGAGAAAUUCAGGAGGAAGUGGACACAUUCAUGUUCGAGGGUCACGAUACGACAACGAUCUCCAUAUCGUUCACCCUGCUGCUGCUUGCUCGGCAUCCCGAUGUCCAGGAAAAGGUGUACCAAGAAGUGGUGGACAUUGUGGGUAGUGAUCCGCACACACCGCUUAGCCAUCGUAAUCUGCAGGACAUGAAGUAUCUGGAGAUGGUGAUCAAAGAAUCGCUACGGUUGUACCCACCGGUACCGAUCAUCGCACGUCGAUUCACCGAGAACGUUGAGUUGGAAGGGAAAACAGUUCCGGAAGGGUCCAACUUUAAUAUUGGGAUCAUGCACAUGCACCGAGAUCCUACCCUAUUUCCCGAUCCGGAACGUUUCGACCCUGAACGGUUCGCACCUGAUCGAACGAUGGAACAGUCCAGCCCGUACGCGUACGUACCGUUCAGUGCUGGUCCUCGGAAUUGCAUCGGCCAAAAGUUUGCGAUGCUCGAGCUGAAAAGUACUGUGUCGAAGGUUAUACGUAACUUUAGGCUAACCUCGGCCGGUCCGGAACCAAAGCUAACGAUGCAGUUGACGCUGAAGCCACGGGACGGUCUGUACAUUGGAUUCGUUCCACGUGCAUAGUGGACUGGCUGCAUUUCUACACAUUCGCUGGCUGCAACCUGCUUUCGACGAUCGCCGAGCAUAAUAUGCGGACAGGUAAAUUGAUUGAAUCGCUAAAAGCAGAGCGCGCGUUAUUUUUGGAGUGAUGUUUGUUUAAUAAAAUAAUAAAUGAAAAACCA